GAAGGACAGACGCGGGGAAGAGCUGAUGGGACAGAACCGGACCAGUGGGAUGGGACCUCCCUGGAGCCAGGAGAGCUCUUCAGAAGAGUCACCUGCUGAAUGGAGCAGACAGUGGGCUAGAGCCAGAAGAGUGAUGAUUGCUGUCCUGCUUUUUGGCCUGGUCAUUGGUUCUUCUGUGCUUUGGGUCUACAUCUUCCGGAACUGUGGUCCUCGUCCCUGUGAGACACCUGUGUGUUUGGAUCUCCUGGCCCAUUACCUGGCCUCUGGGAACACCAGCGUGGACCCCUGCACUGAUUUUUUCAGCUUUGUCUGUGAUACAGCCAAUGGGAUCAGUAACUCUUUUCAAAUGCUGGCAGAGGAGAACAAAAGCCAGCUGCAGAGACUACUAGAGAACUCAGGAUCCUGGCCUCCAGGCUCUGGGGAGGAAAAAGCUUUCCAAUUUUAUAACUCCUGCAUGGACACAGAUGCCAUUGAAGCUGCAGGGGCUGGUCCCCUCAGACAAGUUAUUGAGGAGCUUGGAGGCUGGCACAUCUCUGGCAAUUGGACUUCUUUAGACUUUAACCGAACACUGAGGCUUCUGAUGAGUCAAUAUGGCCACUUUCCAUUCUUCAGAGCCUAUCUGCGACCUCAUCCAGCCCCUCCACAUACACCAGUCAUCCAGAUAGACCAGCCGGAGUUUGACAUUCUCCUCAAGCAAGAGCAGGAGCAGAAGAUCUAUGCCCAGAUUCUGCGGGAAUACCUGACCUACCUAAAUCGACUAGGAACUUUGCUUGGAGGUGACCCGGAGAAGGUGCAGCAACAUGCUUCCUGGUCCAUCUUCUUUACCUCACGGCUGUUCCGGUUUCUGAGACCCCUAGAGCAGCAGCAGACACAAGACAAGCUCUUCCAUGUGGUCACUAUCAAUGAAUUGCAGGAAAUGGCCCCUGCCAUCGACUGGUUGUCCUGCUUACAAGCAACAUUCACGCCGAUGUCCUUGAGUCCCUCCCAGCCCCUGGUGGUCCAUGACCUAGACUAUUUGAGAAACAUGUCCCAACUGGUAGAAGAGGAGCUGCUCACAAACAGGGAUAUGAUGCAGAGCUACAUGAUCUUGGGGUUGGUGGAGACCCUUUCUCCAGCUCUGGACAGUAAAUUCCGGGAGGCACGCAGAGAGCUGAGUCAGAAACUACGGGAGUUGACUGAGCGCCCACCCCUGCCAGCCCACCCACGAUGGAUGAAGUGUGUUGAAGAGACAGGCGCCUUCUUCGAGCCUACCCUGGCGGCUUUGUUUGUUCGUGAGGCCUUCGGCCCAAGCACCCAAAGAGCUGCCAUGGAAUUAUUUGCUGAGAUCAAGGAUGCCCUCAUCAUGCGCCUUAAAAAUCUUUCUUGGAUAAGUAAGGAGACCCGGAAAGAGGCCCUGAAGAGGCUCACCCAGCUGCAGGUGGAGAUGGGAGCUCCCAAACGAGCCCUGAAGCCAGAGCUGGCCAAGCAGGAAUAUAGUGAUAUACAGCUUGGCCCUAGUUUCCUGCAGUCUGUCCUGAGCUGUGUCCGAUCCCUCCGGGGCAGAAACGUUCAGAGCUUCUUGCAGCCUUUUCCCUAUCACAGAUGGCAGGUGUCUCCCUGGGGGGUCAGUGCUUACUAUUCAAUAUCUGACCAUGUGGCGGUCUUCCCAGCUGGCCUCCUCCAACCUCCAUUCUUCCACCCUGGCUACCCCAGAGCUGUGAACUUUGGCGCAGCUGGUAGCAUCAUGGCCCACGAGUUGUUGCACAUCUUCUACCAACUCUUGCUCCCCGGGAGCUGCCCAGCUUGUGACACCCAUGCCUUACAGGAGGCACUUCUAUGUCUGGAGCGCCAUUAUGCUACCUUCCCCUUUCCCAGCACAGCUUCCUUCAAUGGCUCUCACACACUCCUGGAAAACGCUGCUGACAUCGGAGGCCUGGCCAUUGCAUUCCAGGCAUACAGCAAGAGACUAGUCCAGUAUAGUGGGGAGACCACUCUGCCCAGCCAGGACCUCAGCCCCUAUCAGCUGUUCUUCCGAAGCUACACCCAGGUGAUGUGCAGAGAGCCCAGCUCACAAGAUCCUCAGGACACUCACAGCCCUCCCAGCCUUCGAGUCCAUGGGCCCCUCAGCAACACCCCAGCCUUUGCCAAGCAUUUCCACUGUCCACGUGGCACCCUCAUGAACCCCUCUAGCCGCUGCCAGCUCUGGUAACUUGGGUGCCAAAGAAACCACAAUAAAGAUGUAUGGACCUCCUCUGGCAACAUCCCCAUCCAAGAAGUCAGUCCUGCUUCUUGUUUUUCCAAAAUAAAAGCUGGUGUUUGGUUUC